GCUAAAGACUAUCGCGUGUAGUCGGUUGUGCUGCUUUUGGAUCGGUGACUUCACCUUGAAGAGGCUCCAAGAUGUCCAAGGACGACGACUACGACUAUCUCUUCAAGGUGGUGCUCAUUGGAGACUCUGGUGUGGGCAAGUCCAACCUCCUUUCCAGGUUCACACGUGACGAGUUCAAUUUGGAGUCCAAGUCCACGAUCGGUGUGGAAUUUGCGACCAAGAGCAUUACGACCAAUGGGAAGGUGAUCAAGGCACAGAUCUGGGACACUGCUGGGCAGGAGCGUUACAGGGCCAUCACCAGCGCGUACUACAGAGGUGCUGUCGGCGCUUUGUUGGUGUAUGACAUCUCAAAGAGGGUCACCUUCGAGAAUCUAGAGCGUUGGCUACAGGAGUUGCGAGACCACGCCGAUCCCAACAUUGUCAUCAUGCUGGUGGGCAAUAAAGGGGACCUUCGCCACUUGAGGGCAGUUGGGCAGGAUGAGGCCUUGGCCUUUGCUGAGAAGCACGGCCUUGCGUGCAUUGAGACUUCUGCCCUUGAAGCCACCAACGUGGAGACAGCCUUCAUGAGGCUUCUGUCUGAGAUCUACACGUUGAUGAGUUCCAGGCAGAUCACUGACGCAGAUUCCUUCCGGAAUGCCCAGCCUGCCAUGCAGGUCGAGCCAGUGCAAGCAGCCCCCAGCCGUAAUGGCUGCUGCCCCUGAUGGGUUGGUUCCUAAUGGAGUGGCGAUGCUGGAAUUUUCAUUCUCGCAUGGCUGUCUCGAAAUAGCACAAUCGCAGCAAAAGAGGAGAGUGCACAGAACCUGUGUUUGGUUUAGACAUUGGUGUCCUCUUUCCUAAGGCUUCGAAGAAGUGAUUGAAAUCGAUGGGCGCACGUGAAUGGAUGUGCGGAAUGUCAAUGGAUGCUGAUGGUGCCACAGCCAACCGGCAAAGCGC